UUAACAGAAAUUUAACAAAAUAUUGAAUUCAUCAUCAAUUUGGAUAAUAGUUUAUAUGAUGACAUACUAUAAUCCAAUUGAAUCCUAACUCGAAAUAACUUAAAAUUAUGGAUUCUUUAAUGAACCAGACUUUCCCCUUUUGACGCCCCAGCGCAUUUUAUCCCAAGGGACAGGCAGCCUAAGUAUAGCUAUAUUUCACGUCUUUGUGACUCACUGGUAUCAUCUCUGGGCGCCAAAUGAUUAUAACAUAUCUAGUCAUGCUGAUUUCUUAGCUGUUGUGAAAAUGUUGAAUUUCAACGUAUUGAACAAAGGAAGGAUAUUUGUGUACGAAGGGACGAUGUGUAACUGGGAAUAUUGAUCGAUAGUCAAAAAGGAUUAUUCCAAUGGAGGACGAUAAGAUUGAACGUCUACGGGAGCGGAUCCUGCAAUGUCCGAUAUGCAUGGAUGAAUACAAGGAUCCAAGGAUACUUCCUUGUCAUCACACGGUGUGCUUGAAUUGCCUUCUUGAUUUUGUUAGACAUUCGUCGUCAUCUGGGCGUCUGUUUCGAUGCCCUCAGUGUCGGUCCGACAUUUGCGUUCCACGUGGAGGCGUCAAAGAUUUCCCGCCAAAUUUCUACGUCAACUGCAUUCAAGACGAAUUGGGAUCACGACCGUAUUUUGGGAUUUGUGAUAUUUGUGAACGGGACUGGCUUAUUUCGCAAUACAGAUGCGUGGAUUGUGACCUAGAUAUUUGUAGAUUUUGUAUUCACGAACAUAGACUUUUUAAACAUGGAGCCGGGAGAGAUGUCACGGUCAUGCGCAUUGAGACCGGAAACAUAGCUUCAUAUAUGGCCUCAGAGAAAGGUUGCGAUAUUCAUUCUGGAGAAGUUUUGCAGAUGUUUUGUUGCACGUGCGAGGCGGCCAUCUGUGUCACGUGUGUCUGUGAAUUGCACAAGAAACAUGAAACAAUGCCUUUGAUAAAGAAAUUAAUGGCGUCUCGGAAGGAAUUGCAAUUUGAUCUCGAUGAUCUGAAAACUGAGGUAAAACUAACUCAAGAUUCUUUAUCAGAUUUACGCAGUCUUCGAACAAAAGUACAGGAUAGUACUGAUGCCACAACGACAUCAAUUCGACUACGAUCACGGGAACUGGCGAUGGAAAUGGAUAGAGUGGCGGAGCUAAAAAUAGAAAAGGUUCGAUGUACAACUAAUAAGGUUCUUCAGGAGAUCGACAGUUACAUUAAAGAACUCGAGCUGCUUCACGACCAAGCAAGGAAGGGCUGUGGGUUUUUAGAAGAUCUUCAAGAAGAUGACGUCAGUUUGGAAUUAUUUGCGUGCUUUACCAAAUAUAAGAAAGGACUAGAGGUCGUCCGAAAAUCCGCACUGAACAAAACAGUACAAACGCAGAUUUCAAAUUUCGAAGCCGGAAAGGUGAAAGAGUGCUUUGGGUACCACUUUUUAAAGUUUGGGGAUCUAAAAGUAUUCCAAGACAAAGCAGUGUUUUUGAAUGUGGAGAAGGAACCACGAUUUUUUAAGUCCUCCAAAUGUCGUAAAAUGUGCUCGGUUAUACCGGCAGUAUUGUACUUGGUACUUUUUGCACUUGUUAUUUCUGGCUUAUUUAUUUUGACCAAUAAUUUGUGGAGUUCUCAUCACGUGACUCUUGAGGACUGUGUUGGUUGGCUCUUCUUCUUGCAUCUUACUAUCACGGGCGCUUUUGCUUUCUAUAAGUCAAGAAGAUAAAGGAGUUGACAACCUUUCUGUCUGAACAAUUUAUAAUUUCUGGAUUGCUUUUUAGUAUUAGAGUACUUUGGAAGUUGGUCUGCUAAUACGAUGUGAAAAUUUCUCUUCUUCAUUUGACUUGAAUGGGUUUUUAGUUUUCAUACAGGUCUUUUCUCUUAAUGUUUGAUAACGACAGGUGGUAGAAAAACCCCAAACGUCAUCCCUCAGAAUAGCUUAAUAUGUGCUGUGUCGUCAUUUUAAAGGCAAAGCUAAGGGAAUUAGUGGACUAACUUAUGGGAGUUAUCCAAUGGCGGAUUUAGGGGGUGGGGGGUCGGAACCCCCUCUCCCCGUUCUUCUUUUUUUUAACCACACCCGAAUCUAUAAAGGAUUUCGUGACUUUAUUGAAAGGAAAGAGGAAGAAGAAUUUCAGUCGAAAAUGCAUUAAAAUGCACCACUUUAAAGCAAUCUUUUAAAAAAAAUUCCCAGGGGAGGAACAAGAAUUUCAGUGGAAAAGGCACCAUUUUGAUUCAAUGGGUUAACCCCCUCUCAUGCCCUCCCCCUUCGGUCCUUUGGACCUAAAUCCCCACAUCACCCACCCAGUAAGGUCUAGAUCCGCCACUGUUAUCCAAUGGACUAACCUUUCGGUAUUGUCUGAAUAGGCCAAUCUUUUAGAAGGGAAUUGUCUAAUAGACUAAUCUAAAGGAAUAGUCUAAGAAGUUAACAUAAGGGAAUUAAUGAGGGAUUUCAGAAUGAAAUAUUACUAAAAAUAAUGAAACGAACACUAGAUAUUUAUAAAUGAUAUAAUUAUUUUCGUUAUCAGACUUUCGCAUAGUCGGUCAUUAUUGUAAUUUUAUUCUGAUGAUGAUUUUUCUGUUUUUCGCCCAGGUACUUUUCUACAUUUAAACAAGAGCCGAUGUCUUUUCGUGUAUGCAAUAGCUAUAUUUCCCUAUACAGUACUCCGCCCAGUCGCUUGGAUAUGGCAAUAUAUAGAAAUGUGAUUCUGUGUGAUACAUGUGUGUACAUUGUUGAAAAUUUUCUGAAGUCCAUGUUAUUAAAAUCUACCAAAACUGA